AAAAUAAAAUAGAUAGAAAUAUGCAUGAAAGCGGUGAACCUACAACUGCAACGGGUGAUGCUUCAGCCAAUCAUUUUAAAGAUGGAAUUAUCGAUUUAUUGGCUGGAACAGCUGGUGGAAUUGCCAACGUGUAUGCUGGACAACCAUUAGAUACAGUUAAAGUAAAAGUACAAACAUUCCCGAAUCUCUAUUCAAAUUGGAUUGUUUGUCUCAAGGAUACUUAUAAAUUGGACGGAAUUCGAGGACUUUACGCUGGAACUCUCCCAGCUCUAGCUGCAAAUGUUGCUGAAAAUGCAGUUCUCUUCACUGCCUAUGGUUACUGCCAAAAAACAAUUGCCACACUGAAUGGACUCGAAGAUGUCAGACAAAUGACACCAUUGGAAAAUGCAUUCUCCGGAUCUCUUGCCGCAGUUUUUGCAGCUACCGUACUCUGUCCAACAGAACUUGUCAAAUGUAAACUUCAAGCAGCUCGUGAAAUGAAGAAGAAGUGUACACCAUUCUCUGUUUGUCGGGAUAUCAUGAAGGAUACUGGUGUCCGUGGAUUCUUUGUUGGAAUGACUCCGACUCUUGCAAGAGAGGUUCCUGGUUAUUUCUUCUUCUUUGGAGCCUACGAAACAUGCCGUUUCUUAUUGACUGAUGAAGGACAGAAAAAGGAAGAAAUUGGACUUGUGAAGACAGCAAUGGCUGGAUCAGUUGGUGGUAUGGCAUUAUGGACAUCCAUUUAUCCAGCAGAUGUCGUUAAAUCGAGAAUGCAAGUCACCGGAGGAGGAACUUUUAUGUCUACUUUGGGCGCUGUCGUUAAAGAGAAUGGAAUUCGUGGACUCUACAAAGGACUUCUACCAACCAAUCUAAGAACUUGCUUCGCUUCUGGAUGUCUUUUCGUCGCUUAUGAAGAGACACGAAAGUUCUUCCACUACGUCCUCUAGAUUAUAUUAAUCUCUGCCUAGUAAAUUUUUCAAUUUUUCCUCAUUUUUUCUUUCCAUCACACAAAUAUCAUCAUGCUAUGAGAGCUUUCUUCGUUGUUUCUCUUAAUGUUUUUUUUCGGUUUCUAACGGUUACUCUGAGAUUGCCAUAGGCUCACUUACGCCCGGUUGUUGUUUUCUAAAUUUUUUAAUAAAAAUUGUUUU